GAAUCAGUCUAUAGUAUCACGGUUUUUGUCAGGUCAUUUCUAUGCGGUACUGUAUAAAUGCUUUAUAGUAAUUGUGCAAUGCUAAAGGUCUAUAUGUAAGCUAUGAUAUGUAUUUUCUAGUGUUGACCCAGACAAGCUCUGGCCAUUCACAUGUACGAGACUGCAGUAAAACACCUCCGGUAAGUUUAUACACUAGAUCUGAUCAACAUCAUCACAACGCCAUUAAUGGCUACUCACUUUUCACCUGGGCGUUAUAGCAUCAAAAACACCCGACCUCUCAUCCCGUCACAGCACCCCUUGAACAUUGUUAGACAAUAGACACCUGACAUUAAUAAUCAUGCAACCAAAUGUAUUUUCUCUCUUUCUCUUUGUUAUUUUCCAGUGACUUCUUCGUAAACCUCGUUGACACCAGUUAGCUAUAUUAGUUUGGCUAAGGAUGGAUUUACUAUUUUUCAUGAUAAAGCACAAAAUAAUAGAGACAAAAUGAAAUGAGAUACAGUAAUUUGAGUAAUAACAUGAUGAUAAGCGAACUGUGAACAACAAUUACAAUUCAAAUACAGUAGGGAUGAGCCGAUUAAUCGGUCAUUUUUUAAAUAAUCGGUAAUCGGCCGAUUGUUGCCUGAUAAUCGGUAAAUAAUCGGCCUUAAGACUUUUUCUGCAGCUGCCAAGCAUAUGCUAAAAUACUGAAUACAAGCGAAUAGAUUUUCACAUUUUGUUGCAAAACACGCGUCUUUUGUAUUGAGUCGUACCAUAUUCUGUUUUCUGAUUGGCUUAAACGAAUCCUGAUAUUUGUAAUAAACUAUGCAUAUAUUCAGAGCGCAUGUUCAGUGAGGCUGGGAACAUUUCCACUAAAAAGCGCAGCAGACUAGCCCCGCAUAAAGCGGACAAUAUCCUGUUUUUACAACAUAAUCUGCCCAAACUAAACUUUGACUAUUGACAUGCGAUGUUGAAGCUGACAAUAAAACCACAUUUACAGCUUCAUUGUUGAUCAUCUUGUGAUUGUUCUCUUGCUUUUUAAAAUAAUCGGCAGGUACCGUAAAAUAAUCGGCCGAUUAGUUACGAUAAUCGGCUUAUAAAUGGACUACUCUGCAAUAGGAGAAAUUUUGAACAUCAAACCAAUAGAAGAACACCAUAAUUUCUUAUGCAAAAACCUGUUUGAUAAUGUUACAAAGGAUCCAAACCACAAACUUUAUGACCUCCUCCCACAGAAACAUAACUGGCACCACGAUCUCAGAAAUGGUCAUGAAUUUGACAUUCCUCAUAUUAAUACUAAUCGUACUAAAAACUCUUUUAUAUUUGCGAUGGCAUCGAAGAUGUCUUCGUAAUGUUAGUGCAGGGUAUCUCUUUUAUUAUCAUCCUAGUAAAAUUUUAAAUAUUUGCAUAAUUUUAACUUAAUAAUUAUAAUAGUAAUUAAAUAAUAAUUCGUAUUUUGUAAACUUUGCGUAAUUCAGCCUUUGGCUGCAAUGUAAAUGUUUUAUUAAACUAUCUAUCUAUCUAAAUAAUCGGCCUCAGUAAUCGGCAAUUUUAAUCUAACUGUAUAGUAUAUUUUGACAUAAGUUAUAGCAAUUUUUCUGGGUUUUCAGAGAGUUUGUACUAUUGUCUCUGGUUUUUGGUGAAUUGAGCAUCCACACCCUCUGUAAUCGACUUUAAAUCAUCAUGUACUACACAAUGUUUCUUUUCCGUUAUAUAGGUGUACCCCAACACCGUAGUGAAUACAACGCAACGUUUGGCAAAACUUCGCGAGCAGAUGCAGAAUGAAAACUUGACUGCUUACAUCAUUCCAUCCACUGAUGCCCAUGGGGUAGGUGCAAGUAGUUUUUUCUUCUGAUAUUACUUUGAAUGUUUCCACACCGGACAAGCUGAAAGAUUUCUUGACCGCGGUGAGAAUUGAACCCACGACCUUUCUCUUGCUCCACCGACUGAGCUAUACCAGGUCAUGAUUCAACUUACAGUUAUUUGAGUGAGAAAAUAAUGUUAUUUCUUUUCAUUAUAUGUGAAAUUUUUUUAUUUAGUUGCAAAUGAGUCGCACAGAAAAUGUUAUUUUUUACUAGAGUGAAUACGUGAGACAGCGAGACAAGAGACGGAAGUUCAUCAGUGGUUUUAGUGGAUCUGCUGGUUAG